AUGGCCAGCAGCUUGGCUGCAUGGUUGGCCACCAGUGAUAAUGUGAUCUCCUCUGAUGAAGAUGUGUCCAACUCCCCCAAUGUUGAAGGCAAAGAAUAUUGUCCUGAGCUGCUUCAGCCAGGUGCAACAUGCUCGUCUCAGUGUGCAGGUGAUGCUGCACCUGCAAAUCCUGCAUGGUUCCCAUGGCCUGAUAAACAGACAUGCAUACUCAAUAUUCUAUGGCACCUCCUGCAUUUGUUAUUUUCAGAUGUGCAACUUCAGGUCAUCCUCUGGGGACUUGCAAUCCUCAGAGUUGAUAAUGUUCCCUCCAUGAAGAUGCUCAAAGAUAUUGACAAUUCCCUCCAGGCCCAAUAUGGGAUUCCAUCAGUCCAUUAUCAAGGUGCACUUGGCCAUAUCUAUUAUGUCAACCACCUGCCUUCUAUCAUCACACAAGAAAUGGUGAACCCAUGCAUCCACCCACAUAUCCACCAUUACCCUGAAGAUGCUGGGGGGUGA